CUUGUACACCUCCGGACCACGUGAGCUCCCCAAUUCGACCGUUGCAAUCCCCCUUCCCUUUCCAGAGAAACCAACGUUUAAAAACCAGCUACUCUUCCAUUUACAGACCUCUUUUCUCACCUCCAAUCCUCCAAAUUCCACCACCAAAAAAAACAAAAAAAGGAAAUAAAAUCCCAGCCACCCAAAUCUCUAAAGAAAAAUCCAGCAAUGGAGGAGAGGAGGAAAAGUCGAUUGAAUCUCCCAGCCGGAAUGUCCGAAACUGCGCUCCAUCUCGAUACAUUCUCAACGUCAUUCCCAAAGACAUCGCCAUCACCGUCAAAGACAACGUACAGCGAUAGAUUCAUCCCCUGCCGUUCAUCUUCUAGGCUCCAGUGCUUCGCGUUGCUGGAGAAGUCGUCGCCUGCCAAAGAAGGGGGGAAUGAGGCUUACGCCCGGUUGCUGAAGAGCGAGCUUUUCGGGGUCGACUCAGUGCCCGGAUCACCGGCGGGCCAGGCAUCGCCGAUGAGCCCCAACAAGAAUAUCUUCCGGUUCAAGACCGAUCAUUCAGCCCCGAGCUCACCUUACUCACAGUCGAUUUCAGGCCAUGAUGGGAACAUGUCCGGCGAGGUGUCGACACCUCCAAAGGCACCUCGGAAGGUGCCCAAGACUCCUCAUAAGGUUCUGGACGCUCCCUCGCUUCAAGAUGACUUCUAUCUCAACCUUGUCGAUUGGUCGUCACAAAAUGUAUUGGCUGUCGGAUUGGGUACUUGUGUAUAUCUAUGGACUGCAUCAACCAGCAAGGUGACAAAGCUGUGUGAUUUGGGGCCCAGCGAUAGCGUAUGUGCGGUCCAGUGGACUCGGGAAGGCUCAUAUCUUUCGAUCGGUACAAGUCUCGGCGAUGUUCAAAUUUGGGAUGGCACUCGCUGCAAACGGGUCCGAACCCUGGCCGGCCAUCAGACUAGAACCGGUGUAUUGGCAUGGAGUUCGUGCAUACUGUCUUCUGGAAGCCGAGAUCGAAAUAUUCUUCAGCAUGAUCUUCGUGUCUCAGAUGAUUACAUUAGCAAGUUUGUUGGCCACAAAUCCGAGGUCUGUGGGCUGAAAUGGUCACACGAUGACAGAGAACUCGCAUCCGGCGGAAAUGAUAAUCAGCUCUUGGUUUGGAAUCAGCACUCUCAGCAACCAAUCUUAAAACUUACAGAACAUACAGCUGCCGUGAAAGCCAUUGCCUGGUCGCCGCACCAACAAGGCCUUCUUGCGUCUGGAGGUGGGACAGCAGAUCGGUGCAUUCGCUUCUGGAAUACCUCAAAUGGCAAUAAGUUGAAUCAUGUGGAUACAGGAAGUCAGGUAUGCAAUCUGGCAUGGUGUAAGAAUGUGAAUGAGCUCGUCAGCACACAUGGAUAUUCCCAGAACCAAAUCAUGGUAUGGAAGUAUCCAUCCCUUGGGAAGGUAGCAACUCUAACUGGUCACAGCUUGCGAGUACUCUAUCUUGCCAUGUCUCCUGAUGGGCAGACGAUUGUGACUGGAGCUGGGGACGAGACCCUGAGAUUUUGGAACAUCUUCCCUUCUGCGAAAGCACCAGCCCCGGUUCGCGAUACUGGAGUUUGGUCUUUAGGGCGAACGCAGAUUCGAUAAAUGAGAUUUGAACUGUUCAUGGAAAAUAAGGUUUUAUUCUUUUAAUUAUUUUUUGUAAAUGGAGUUACUGAAAGAUCAUAUAAUGGUUUGCACAAAAUGUAAUGUUCUUAGAUGAGAGAUGUAAUAGUACUCUAACAACACAAGUUAAACUGCUCUUAGUUGUAUUGAGACACUUCACUAGUCAUUGGUUUAUCUAGACUGUCCAGCAUAUUUCAUGAGCUA